AUGAACGGAUGGGGCCGUGGCACCUCUGGGCUUCUCGGAGUCGUCACCUCGACGGACUGUAGCCCCCUGAACACGACAUGUGACCCCGACCCUGCUCUUUAUACGAGCACGUACACGGUGGACUUCACCAAGGGUGCCGACGAUGACGCGUGGGCGAAGGUUGCGGGCACCGUCAACUACACAUCAGCGGGUGCCGAGUUCACCGUCAACAAGCAGGGCGACUCGCCUACGAUUCAGACGUCCUGGUACUUCUUCUUCGGCCGUGUUGAGGUCCACAUGCAGGCUGCUCCAGGCCAAGGCAUCGUCAGCAGCGCUGUGCUCGAGUCUGACGACCUUGACGAGGUCGACUGGGAAUGGCUCGGCGGCAUCGACAACCAGGUCCAGACUGACUACUUUGGCAAGGGCAACACGACCUCGUAUGACCGUGGCGGCACCACCAACUUGACCGAUGUCCAAUCUAUCACGCACAACUACACCAUCGACUGGUCGUCCGAGCGGAUCAUUUGGUACAUUGACGGCUCUGCCAUCCGCACGCUGAAUUAUGCCGACGCCCUCGACGGCGCGAACUACCCCCAGACGCCCAUGCGGGUCAAGCUCGGCAUCUGGGCCGGUGGCGACCCGGACAACUCGAAGGGCACCAUCGAGUGGGCUGGCGGCGAGACGGAUUACACUGCUGGCCCCUACACCAUGACCGUUCACAAUCUGACCGUCUACAAUGCCAAUCCGGGCGGCUCUUACAUCUAUGGUGACAAGACCGGCUCCUACAGCAGCAUCGAGAUCUCCAAGGACAACGUCACCUCUACCACCUCGUCGGCCACUGCUAGCAGUACCAGCAAGUCCAACAAGUCCACCAAAAGCUCCUCUUCAACCAGCUCUACGUCCAGCUCUACGUCCAGCUCAUCGGGCGUCACUACCUCGGCUGGUAACUCAGUCUUGUCUCAGCUCACCCUUCUCCCCGGCAUGCUUGUUGCUCUGGUGGCUUUCUACAUUUUGUGA